UAGCAUUCUAUUUUUACGUAGAUUUAUAUAUAACUUUGGAUGAAGAAUCGAAUGAGCAUAGUGAAGAAAAAAUAAUUUUUGAGUGAUGAGAAUACAAACUUUCUGCACAAUCAGCUUUGAAAUUUGAUCAAAUCAGUACACAGCGACCGAUGUCAAUCGACAUUUACCAAACAAUUAACAACUUUGAUUCAACGAGAAAAACUUGGCGUUGUUGGAGCAGAAACUAUUCAAUCUGAACACGGUUUAUUAUCUAAUAAAGUGUUAUUCGAGUUUUAGUUGCAUAUUUCCCGAUAUGAACGUCAAUAAUUUUCUAUUCUAAAUUUUUUUUGAAAUAAUUUGUUUGAAACUUUGUAAUGCAAAGAAAAUAUGAGACAAUAAAAUAAAUAAGACACAUCUGUCUUUAUUUUAAAAUUGGUGCACAUACACCACGAUUGUUUUGCUUUAUUGUCCUUUUUAGUGACUGUUCUUUUUGGUCCUUGGUCUUCCGGACAUCCGGCCAAGUGACGGAUGGUCGGAAUCGGGUCUGUAUAGCACACAAUCGUUGUUUCCGGAUGUUCGGAAUGAACGUCGUCUGGGUGUCCGGAAUGAAAAGUAUGGAUGUCCGUAACAGAACGAACAUCCUCAAAAAAAAGGCUGAAAAGCCAUGGCUCAUGCCGUUGCGUACACCCGGACGACUUUCAUUCCCAACAUUCAGAUUUUUUUCGGUUAUCAUUCCGAAUAUGCGAUUUUUUUCCAUUCCGAUCUUCCGAACUUUUUCAGAAAAAUGGCAGUUCGGAACGGAUUACUCUAUAUGAUAUUAUGCACCAUGCAAAAAUUUAGCGGAAACCUAUUGUUCAAUAUUCAUUUCUCUAAACUUUUUUUGACUUUUUUCCUUUAGGUCUUACAAGAAAUAUCACUGAUGUCUCUAACCAGUUCUACACCAGAUAAAUUUGGAAUUUUAUUUGCUGAUCUCAUUGUUAAAUUAAAAGAUAUGAAAUCUGGUUUAGUUUAUAAUGAAUUAGGUACUUGUGAUCCAAAAUGGCCGUGGCCAUCAAUAUUGACAAGUAAAGGUGUUGUUCAAUAUUAUAAAGUUGGACUAGAUGGUAUACAUUUAAUUGUUACACCAAAUGCUGUUCUUUGGUCAUCAUAUUUUUAA